UUUCCACCGUUCGCACUGUUUUUGACCGUCAGUUUGAUUACAGGUGCUAGUCGAGCUGGACGUUAGAAGAGAUCGAAACCCGAUCAUUACGUUUUAACAUCUUCCUUCACAAACUCGACGACGAAGACGACGAUAUCGGAGAACGAGAGCCUUAUUAUCCAUUCAUUCACCUCCUUCCCUGGACUCCCUUAGCCGAACCCCAACGUCUCCAAGUCGCUUUUACGGAGUGCUUCAAAUGGCAUUCAGUUUUUUUCAUCGUUGAUCGACAAAUUUUUUAUUAAAAGAGAAGAACCCUUUUCGUAGGAAUAAGUUAGGAAAGGGAACCAUUGCCAAUGGAAUGGCAACUUGACGUUUGAAUUAUUCACCCUUAAGAAAAAAAAAAAAAAAAGAAAAAAAAAAAAAAGAAACGAAGGAGGGGAAAAAAAGAGAAAUAAAACCAAGAUGAUCACGAGCAAUCCAUUAAGAAUCAUCAUCGUCGUCAUCCCGUUGUUUAUAUCAAAUUUAAUAAACGCCCAAACAACAUGUAACGGAGGUAUUGGCAGAGUUGUUUACGAAAGAUUACCUGAUCAACAACUUCAGGGAUUCGACGACGAUGUGGUCAGGGACUCUGCACCACCCUUUAGAGUGCUGGAAAAAUGUCAAGAGCUAUGCCUGAGAGAUAGAACAGCUACCAAUAACUUGGUACGAGCAUGUACUAGUUUCGACUUUCAACCUGGUAGCAGAAUAGCGUCCUUCAGUGGAGCUGCUGAAUAUGAAGAGAGUACCUGUUACCUGACAAGAGAACAAGCACAGCCCGAAGGCAUUGGAAAUCUGAUGUUGGUUCCAAACAGUGUUCAUUUUACGGAAGUUUGUCUCACGUCGAACAGAAUAGAAAGAGAAUGUCCAAAUCGUCGAUACGUCUUCGAAAGGCAUCCAAGAAAGAAGCUGAAGCUUCCUUUGACCGAUUUAAAGGAAGUCAGUGCUGCCAAUAGAACUGAAUGCGAAGAUAGAUGCUUGAACGAGUUCAGUUUCGUAUGUCGAUCAGCGACAUAUGACACUGCAUUAAGAAGUUGUUCUCUGAGUCGUUUCACUAGAAGAACUCAUCCUGAAUUAUUAGAGGACGAUCCUAAUUCUGAUUACUUGGAGAACACUUGUUUGAACGCCGAACGUCGUUGCGACGGUCUAGCAGUGUUCGUCAAAGAAGAGAACAAACGACUUCGUGGCCCAUUUGAAGUCGACAUUUAUACAAAUCUUACCCUUGACGAGUGUCAGGCACUUUGUCUUCGUGCCGACAAAUAUUUCUGCCGUAGCGUUGAAUUUGACGAACAAACGCGUCAAUGCGUUAUCUCUGAGGAGGAUUCAGUUUCGCAAAAAGAUGACAUCGGAAUCAGUAGUAGUCCCAGUCAUCAUUUUUAUGACUUGGUUUGCUUGGACAAUCAUCCGUCCAUAGCACGUGGUUCCGAAUAUCCGGAUAGCAGUUCAACCUCACAUCUAUUCUCUGAUGGAAGACGACCGGACACAGCCUUUCAACGUUAUCGAAAUUCUCGGUUAAGCGGAGAAUUUCAUUCGGAAAUAACUGGACGUAGUUUAAGCGAGUGCCUCGAUGAAUGUCUAAGACAAACGAGUUUUCAAUGUCGAAGUGCGGUAUAUUCCGAACAUUAUCAUACUUGUAGAUUGAGCCGAUUCAAUCAACGUGACGGACAUAGGAUCAUUUAUGAUGCGGAUUAUGAUUAUUACGAGAAUCUUAUGCAUCAAUACUUGGAUGGUGAUCGAGAUACUCCCGGAUAUAGGCCAGAUCCUUUAGGACAAGAUACAAAUUUUGGUCGACCUUCUUUGGGUAGACCAGGAUAUCCAGACGAUUACGACAAAGGUUAUUCGGGCACCGUAAAACCAGAUCGUUAUCCCGAUCGUUAUCCAGAUCGUCAUCCAGAUCGUUAUCCAGAUCGUUAUCCAGAUCGUUAUCCAGACAAUUAUCCCGAUCGUUAUCCAGAAAGAUAUCCAGAACGUUAUCCAGAUCGAUAUCCAGAUCGUUAUCCUGAUCGUUAUCCAGAUCGUUAUCCAACACAAACUGAUAGAUAUCCAGACACGAAAUAUCCAAUAGGUACACCAGGAAUAAACGAUCAAUAUCCAGGAUCUGGUGAUCGUUAUCCAGUAAACGAUCGCUAUCCAAUAGAUCGUUAUCCUACUAACGAUCGAUAUCCUAUUAAUGAUCGUUAUCCAACAGGAGAUCGUUAUCCUACUAGUGAUCGAUAUCCUAUUAACGAUCGUUAUCCAACAGGAGAUCGUUAUCCAACAGGAGAUCGUUAUCCAACAGGAGAUCGUUAUCCUACUAGUGAUCGUUAUCCAAUUAACGAUAGAUAUCCAGAUCGUUACCCAAUGAGAGGAGAUCGUCGACCAAUAGGAAGCGAUAGAUAUCCUGUUCCAGAGCCUAUUAUACCAGAAAGAUAUCCAAUUAGUGGUGGAAGAUAUCCUACUGCACCAACAGGCAGAUAUCCAAUUUCUCCAGGACGUUAUCCAACGGAUGGUGAACGUUAUCCAACGGCAAUAGAUCGUUAUCCUGUUCCUGAAGAUUCAUUAGAUAGAUAUCCUUCUAACGUGGGUAGACCUACCGGAGACAGAUAUCCUGUAGGUGAUAGAUAUCCUGAUAAGGAUUACCCUAGUAGGUACCCAGGAAACGGACAUGGUGUUUAUGCGCAUGGAUUUAUUGAUGACGUACGAGGUCCUCAAAAUCAUCCAGUCGAACGUCCACAUUAUGGAUCAACACGUCCAGGUGGAUACAAUGGAUAUGGUAGCGAUUCUGGUGGUAUAAUCGGUGGUGGUUACAUAGGAGAAGGUGGAGUUUACAAUACCAGACCAUUUGGUACAAGUGGAGGCCCUAUAAUAGGUCGGCCACCUUUAAUCUCAAGAUGCGACGAACAGGAUAAUUUCCGACAAGUUGGACCGCACACAAGAGUACGAAAACCCUUCGUUAGAAGAUAUACAACAGCUUCAUCCUUAGCACAAUGUGAGAGAGAAUGUGCGGAUGCUAGGGAUUUCGUAUGCAGAUCCUUCAAUUAUCGUCCUUACGCUGCACCUUACGGAGCCGAAAGAGACAAUUGUGAACUCAGCGAUCGUGAUUCCAGAGACAUGGACAUGGGAAAUCCAAUUUAUUAUGACACCGGAUCUGAUUAUGAUUUUUAUGAAAGAAAUAAUGGAAGACAAGGUGCUGAUGGAGAAUGUCUCGAUGUGAGUCAAGUUUGUAGCGAGGACGGAAUGGAAUUUACUCUAAGGACACCGGAAGGAUUCAUCGGUAGGAUUUACACUUACGGCUAUUACGAUCGAUGUUUCUUCCGUGGUAACGGUGGUACAGUUAACGUACUACGAAUCAGUGGACCUCAAGGUUAUCCUGAAUGUGGGACACAACGCUACGGGGACACAAUGACGAAUAUCGUAGUGGUCCAGUUCUCGGAUUACGUACAAACCGGACGAGAUAAACGUUUCAAUCUUACCUGUCUAUUUCGAGGCCCUGGUGAAGCUGUCGUCACGUCCGGCUACAUCGGUGCCGGAUCAGGUUCUCCAAUACCAAUCGAAUAUCUCCCAGCAGAGAAUACUUUGAGUUCUCGCGUGCGUCUGUUAAUUUUAUAUCAAGGUAGACCUACGACUACCAUAGCCGUUGGUGAUCCUCUUACUUUUAGAUUGGAAGCGCAAGAAGGAUACAAUUAUGUAACGGACAUAUUUGCUACCAAUGUCAUAGCCAGGGAUCCUUACUCGGGAAGAAGUGUACAACUUAUAGAUAGAUAUGGUUGUCCGGUGGACAAUUACGUUUUUCCUGGAUUGGAUCGUCUUCGUGACGGUGACAGUUUAGAAGCACGCUUCAAUGCCUUUAAAAUACCAGAAUCGAAUUUCUUGGUAUUCGAAGCAACCGUAAGAACCUGCAGGGAUGGUUGUCAACCAGCAUAUUGUUCAGGCGGUAGCGGAAGAAGCGAGCCAUCUUUUGGAAGACGACGCAGAGAUAUAACCAAUGAUACGAUACUAAUGGAAGAGGAUCCAACCGAGACCAGUACGAUUAUCGAGAAGGAUAUUAAUGUCACGAUUACGUCAAAUUCGACAUAUGUUAUGGGUACUACUCGAUCGAAUGAUGAAGAGGAUAACGAGGAGACCGAGGAAGAACAUGUCAGAGAGAUGAUUGAGGUAUUAGAUUCGAGAAUGGAUAUCGAAGAAGAGGAGACUAAAGUGGAAAAACAAAGUGCAAUUCUUGAGACAGUUUGUAUAGCUCCAAACGAAUAUUAUGGCCUAGUUACAGCAGUUGGCGUUCUGGUAGUGUUAUUGGCUUCAGUAGUAUUACUUUCAAUGUUAGUUUACAGGAAACAUGCAUAUUCUGUGAUCAUGAAAAAUCGAAAAGUUGAUAAGGCCAGUAAUCGUAGUAAUCAUUCUGAUGAUGCAACCUAUAGUAGCCGAGUGAAUAACUUUUCAUUUAUGAGAAGUGGACUACAAAAACCAUUUCAAUCCACAUCUAUAUCAAGAUCGAUGAGCAAUAUCAUUGGACAACGUAUGAAUUCGUCUUCGACAGCAUUAGAGGGUGCCGUUGGUUUAUCGACCGCUAGAAGAUCAGGAUUUGAUCCUAGCGAACCAAUUUAUACGGAUCCUUCGCUUUUCGAGGUGACUCGUUGUUCGCAGAAUAUGUCGAAACAAGCGCUGAACGAUAAUUUUCAUCUUAUGUAAAGAAAAAGGGGGAAUCUAUCGAUAACACUUUCUAAAAAAAAAAAAAAAAAGAACAAAAAAAACGAAAGAAAGCAUUUUGUCCGUCUAUACGUUUUCAUGAAUUUUUUUUUCUUUUUUUUUUUUUUUUUUUUUUUAAUAACGUAAGAACAAACGAUGCAUUUAAACGAUGAUCAAACUCGAGCUAAGUAUGACUGGGUACAUAUAAAAAGGAAAAAAAAAAAAAAAAAAAAAAAAAAAAAAAGAAAAAAGAAAAGGAAAAAAUAGACCAAAUAUAUUUUUUAACGAAACAGCUUACUAAAAGUUUCCCCACUAGUCAAGAUCAAAAAACUGUUUUAAUACCGAAUAAUCACUGCCAAACGUUCAUUAUACAGAAUCGCUAAAAAAAAAAAAAAAAAAAAAAAAAAAGAAAGAAAACGAAA